UCUAUGGAUACAUGAAAGGAACACACCUACAUUAGUUCUGUUGUAUUUUAUUAACCGGUUUCUCUUGGUAAUGCUUGUCUAAAAUGCUGAGUUUGUUCCUCGCAGUGUAGAUAGAAAAGUUCAGGAGGAAAAGAAAAACCACAGACUAAGUGUAAUAAAUGGGAAGAGCCACCUGCUGGGAACAGUGGAGUGUCAGCCAGAGACUCUCACAUUAGCGCCGUUCUGAAUCUCUGUCUAUCUCUCUAUCUGUCUCUCUAUCUGUCUCUGUCUCUGGGUUCAAAAGUACCAACUCGGGAGUUUUAGGAGAGCCAGGACGUGUGGGACCGGGAAUAGUGACGGGACAUGUCUCACAUGGAUUAUACACCUUAAUGGAAACAUUACCAUUUCCGACGCGAAGGAUAAAUAAAGACCCCGCACUGUGCUAAUGUUGUAACAGAAACGGAAACAUGUCCGUGAACGAGCUCUUCACCAGGUACACUCGGGUUUGGAUCCCCGACCCAGAGGAGGUGUGGAAGCCUGCUGAGAUUAUUAAAGACUACAAAGAAGGAGAGUCUGUCUUGCACCUCAAACUCGAAGAUGAAUCGACAUUGCCAUAUCCAAUCGGUCCUAAAGACAACCCGCUGCCAUUCCUUCGAAACCCUGACAUACUGGUGGGAGAGAACGACCUCACGGCCCUCAGCUACCUGCAUGAACCUGCGGUGCUGCACAACCUCAAGGUUCGCUUCCUGGAGUCCAACCACAUCUACACCUACUGUGGUAUUGUACUGGUGGCCAUUAAUCCAUACGAGCAGCUGCCGAUUUAUGGCGAGGAGGUCAUCAAUGCCUACAGCGGGCAAAACAUGGGUGACAUGGACCCUCAUAUAUUCGCCGUGGCAGAGGAGGCUUAUAAACAGAUGGGCAGAGAUGAGAAGAACCAGUCGAUCAUCGUGAGUGGAGAGUCAGGAGCUGGGAAGACAGUCUCCGCUAAAUACGCCAUGCGCUACUUCGCCACUGUGGGAGGAUCCGCCAGUGACACGAAUGUGGAGGAGAAAGUGCUGGCGUCCAGCCCCAUCAUGGAGGCUAUCGGAAAUGCGAAGACGACACGUAACGACAACAGCAGCCGCUUCGGGAAAUACAUCCAGAUCGGCUUUGACAGGAGGUAUCACAUCAUCGGUGCCAACAUGCGCACGUAUUUGCUGGAGAAGUCCAGAGUGGUGUUUCAGGCUGAGGAUGAAAGGAACUACCACAUCUUCUACCAGCUGUGUGCCUCUGCCUCGCUCCCCGAGUUCAAAGACCUGGCCCUGAACAGUGCAGAAGACUUCACUUACACCUCUCUGGGUCAGAACAUCGUCAUUCCGGGGGUUAAUGAUGCUGUGGACUUGGAGAAGACACGGGAAGCCCUGACCAUGCUGGGUGUGAAGGAGAGCCAUCAGAUGAGCAUCUUCAAGAUAAUCGCCUCCAUAUUGCACCUUGGGAAUGUGGACAUAGUUUCUGAGAGAGAUAAAGAGUCAUGCCAUAUCCCCAGAAACGACCCUCACCUUCUCCAUUUCUGUGAGCUGCUGGGGAUCGAGCAGGACCAGAUGGAAAACUGGCUGUGCCAUAGAAAGUUAGCCACGGCAACCGAGACCUACGUGAAAAACAUGUCCAGCGCCCAGGCUAAUACCGCCCGCGACGCUCUGGCCAAACACAUAUACGCCCAUUUGUUCGACUGGAUCGUGGAGCACAUCAACAAAGCCCUGCAUACCUCCACCAAACAGCACUCCUUCAUCGGAGUGUUGGAUAUCUAUGGAUUUGAAACGUUUGAGAUUAACAGCUUCGAGCAAUUCUGCAUCAACUACGCCAAUGAGAAACUUCAGCAACAGUUCAACUCUCAUGUUUUUAAACUGGAGCAAGAGGAGUACAUGAAGGAGCAAAUCCCAUGGACGCUCAUCGACUUUUACGACAACCAGCCUUGCAUUGACCUAAUCGAGGCCAAGCUCGGUAUCCUGGACCUGCUGGAUGAAGAGUGCAAGGUACCCAAAGGAACCGAUCAGAACUGGGUGCAGAAGCUGUACAGCCGCCACACAAGCAGCGAACACUUCGAGAAGCCGAGAAUGUCCAACACGUCGUUCAUCGUGGUCCACUUUGCGGAUAAGGUUGAGUAUCAGUGUGAUGGUUUCCUGGAAAAGAACAGGGACACAGUGUAUGAAGAACAGAUCAACAUCCUGAAGGCCAGCAAGUUCCAGCUGGUGGCAGAUCUCUUCCAGGAUGAAAAAGGAGCUCCUGUUUCAGCAGGAAAAACCUCCAAGAUCAACGUACGUCCUGCUAAACCCAUGCCGAAAAGCCACAACCGCGAGCACCGCAAAUCUGUAGGCACUCAGUUUCGGAGUUCCUUACAUCUUCUGAUGGAGACUCUGAAUGCUACAACUCCGCACUACGUACGCUGCAUAAAACCUAACGACGUCAAAGAAGCCUUUGUGUUUGAUUCCAAAAGAGCCGUCCAGCAGCUACGAGCAUGUGGUGUUCUGGAGACCAUUCGCAUCAGUGCUGCAGGAUAUCCAUCCAGGUGGACGUACCCAGAUUUCUUUAACAGAUACCGGGUGCUGAUGAAGAAGAAGGACGUGACCACUGAUAAGAAGCAGGUGUGCAGAAACCUGCUGGAGACUCUGGUCAAGGACCCAGAUAAGUUCCAGUUCGGAAAGACUAAGAUCUUCUUCCGAGCCGGUCAGGUGGCGUACCUCGAAAAGCUCAGAGCCGACAAGUUCCGUUUCGCCUGCAUUAAGAUGCAGAAGACGGUGCGAGGAUGGCUGCAGAGGAGACGCUACCAGAAGAUCCGCAAGUCCACCAUCUUGCUGCAGAGAUACGGCCGUGGCUUCCUGGCGCGCAGGUAUGCAGAACUGUUGCGUCUCACCCGAGCAGCUCUUAUCUGUCAGAAGCAGUACAGGAUGGUGAGGGUACGGAAAGCGUAUCUGACCAUCCGCAAGGCUACAAUCACCAUCCAGGCCUUCACACGGGGCAUGUUCACACGCCGCCUGUACCAAGAGUACGUGCUGCACCACAAGGCCAGUGUCAUCCAGAGAACAGUGCGCGGAUGGCUGCAGAGGAGGAAGUUCCUCCGUGCCCGAAACGCAGCAGUGGUGCUGCAGUGCGCUUACAGGCGUGUACUCGCCAAGCGACAGCUGAAACAGCUGAAGAUCGCGGCUCGCACAGCAGAACACUUCAAGGAUCUCAACGUCGGCAUGGAGAAUAAGAUUGUCCAGCUUCGAAGAAAGAUGGACACUCAGAAACACGAGUAUAAGGUGCAGAGUGAGAAGCUGUCCGAAGCCAACACCGCAUUGGUCACGGAGGUCAGCAAACUGCAGAAGGAGCUGGAGACGGCACGCAAUCGUAAAGGCGAGACCACGCAGCUGAGCUCACUGCAGGACGAGUUGGAGAAACUGAGGGCGGAGCUCCAGGAGGCACACGCCCAAAGGAAAAAGCUCGAGGAGGAGCACAGCACUGAGAAGCUGGGACUGGAACAGAGAGUCCAGGAGCUGGAGAGAGAAAACUCUCUGCUGAAGGAUGAGAAAGAAGCGAUGAACCAGAAGAUCCUUCGCCAAUCGCAGAGCUCCGGGGGUAAAGGUGGCAGUUUGUCUCAGAAAGAGGCUAGUCUACAGGCUGAGUUGGAUGAAGAGAGACUGCGCUAUCAGAAUCUGCUGAAGGAGUUUUCCAGACUGGAGCAGAGAUGUGACAACCUUCAGGAAGAAGCCACUUAUGCCAAAUUUGUUCCAGGCCAUCGGAGAAGCCCAUCCAUCCAAAGCAGCUUGGGCUCUGACUCCACAUUCCCCUCCAUCUCUAUGUCUGAGGUGGGAGACACUGAGGACACCAUUCAGCAGGUGGAGGACAUGGGACUGGAGAAGGCAGCCAACGACAUCAGUGUAUUCAUGAAGCUGCAGAAAAGAGUACGAGAGCUGGAGCAAGAGAGGAAGAGACUCCAGACCAACCUGGAGAAGAUGGAGGAGCUCGGCAAGCACAAAGCGAUUGAAGCAAAUAGCUCAACGUCAGAGGCAGACACAAAUGCAGAUCUGGCCUACAACAGUCUCAAGAGGCAGGAGCUGGAGUCUGAGAACAAGAAGCUGAAGAACGACUUGAAUGAACUCAGGAAGGCGCUGGCGGACCGGGCCUCCGAGAACUGCUCGUCCAAUGAACCGCAAGACAGCUACAAUGUUCUGCUCAAUCAGCUCAAAGCAGCCAAUGAGGAACUGGAUAUACGCAAAGAGGAGGUUCUUAUGCUAAAAACACAGAUCGUCAGCACCGCCAAGCCAUCAGAAAACACCAAUCACAUUAACUCCAAUGAAAUCAUAUGGGACAACAGCAAAAAGCCUGUGGACAAGGAGGAGGUUUUGCAGGGCUACCAGGGUCUCAGUGAGUCCAAGAGGCUUCUGGAGGCACAGCUUCAAUCCCAGAACAGGAAGCACAAGGAUGAGCUGGAGGCUCUGCACACGCAAAUCGAGGUGAUGAAGGUGGAUCUGGAGAAGAAGCAGGAGAUGCUGAAUCACUUCAGCACGCUGCCCCCCGAUGCCCUGGUGGAGUUCAGCGUCCAGCAGGAGAUCACACGCCUCACCAACGAGAACCUGGACCUCAAGGAGAUCAUGGAAAAGCUGGAGAAAAAUGAGAGAAAACUGAAAAAGCAGCUCAAGAUCUACAUCAAGAAAGUUCAGGAGCUUGAAGCAUCUCAGGCAGCGGCGAAUCGGCCCAAGCUGGUCAGGCAGGUCACAGUUCAGAGGAAGGAGAAGGACUUUGAGGGCAUGCUGGAGUACUACAAAGAGGACGAGGCCCUGCUGGUCAGGAUGCUUAUCAGCGACAUGAAGCCCCAGGACGUUUCUGCUACAGUACCUUGUCUCCCAGCGUACAUCCUCUUCAUGUGCAUCCGGCAUGCAGACUACAUCAACGAUGACCAGAAAGUGCACUCUCUGCUCACCUCCACCAUUAACGCUAUCAAGAAACUUCUCAAGAAAAACAGCGAAGACUUUGAGAUGACAUCUUUCUGGCUAGCUAACACGAGUCGACUUCUGCACUGCCUGAAACAGUACAGUGGAGAGGAGGCAUUCAUGACCCAGAACACACCAAAACAGAACGAGCACUGCCUGAAGAACUUUGACUUGGCUGAGUACCGGCAGGUUCUGAGUGACCUGAGCAUCCAGAUCUACCAGCAGCUCGUUAGAAUAGCUGAGGGCAUGCUGCAGCCCAUGAUCGUGUCGGCCAUGCUAGAGAGCGGCAGUCUGACUGGAGUGAAGCCCAUGGGCUACAGGAACCGCUCCUCCAGUGUGGACUGUGACAGUGGAGGCCCAUCAAGCUACACGCUGGAGGUUUUGAUCAAGCAGCUCGGUCAGUUCUACACACUCAUGAGUGACCAUGGGCUCGACCCUGAGAUCAUACAGCAGGUUGUGCGCCAGCUCUUCUACAGCAUCAACGCUGUCUCACUUAACAACCUGCUGCUGCGCAAAGACGUGUGUUCCUGGAGCACCGGCAUGCAGCUCAGGUACAACAUCAGUCAAAUGGAGGAGUGGUUGAGGGGACGAAAUCUUCACCAGAGGGAAGUUAUGUUAACCAUCGAGCCCCUCAUCCAGGCUGCUCAGCUGCUACAGGUGAAGAAGAAGACAUCUCAGGACGCUGAGGCCAUCUGCUCCAUGUGCAAUAUUCUGAGCAUGCAACAGAUUGUGAAGAUCCUGAAUCUGUACACGCCGCUGAACGAGUUUGAGGAGAGGGUCACUGUGUCCUUCAUCAGAGACAUACAGAAUCUUCUACAAGGCCGUACAGAGAACAACCUGCUCCUGGUGGACACCAAGCACACGUUCCCUGUGCUCUUCCCUUACACUCCUUCAGCUUUGAGCCUGGAAACGAUGCACAUCCCUGCCUCUCUCAACCUGGACUUCCUCGUCAGAGUCUGAUGGCUCUCUGUUUCUUCUGUUUGUCUCUCUCUGAGCUCCAUCAAAUCAGCCUGAGAGCAGAGAGGAGAGCAAACCCCAUGCACACAACCUCAGCAACCAGCAAACACCCUCCCUGACCAACACCAUGACCAAGCUAGUUUUUCUGAUAGAAGAAUUACAGUGUUGAGGUGCUUUCUGUGUGUGUUCAGAGAAGGUGUAGAAGUCCCACUGCCUUCCUAUGAGCCAGCUUAUUUUCCUCUGGGUACUGUUUGGGAUUAAACAGGCAGGUAUUCAUGUAACUCUGGAGAUCAUGUGAUGUUAAGUAAGCUUCAGUGCAGAUUUAUUUCCUUACAGUUCAGAAGUUUGGUCUAAUUUUCCGCACUUACACCCCUCAGUCCAGGUUCUAAAUUGGGUCACCAAAGUCUUCGCUUUUUAUGAAUUUUUAGAAUUCUGCAAGAAUGCAGUGUCUGCAGUGAAUCCUUUUCUUUACGAGAUCCAGAACAUCCAGAGUCUCGGACAGCUCUUCUAACACACACUGGUCGCGAGAGAGACAAGCCUGAGAGCAGCAGUUGUAUGGUGGUGCAGAGAAAAGGUCUAGGAGACAGAACAGGACCUACCAGAUACAAAUGAUUACACGUGUGAUGAAAGGUAAAUGGGGAUGUGCUGAAAGGUCUUUGCAAGUGAAUUGAAGAAAUUAAGAGACACUACUCAGAAUACCAUAAACAAGCAGGUCUAGCUAUAACAUAUGCCUUUGCAUGCUGCCUUUAUUUACAAUUUUUUUUUUUUUUUUUUUUUUUUUUACAUUUUCUUUAAUCUUGUCAUAUCAGCCAUCGAUUUUUGGGAAAGUUGUGCACGUCCUGUAUACACACGCCACUACAUCGUGUGACACUUCAAAUUAUUUUAAUUACUGCUGAGGUAGAUAGCAUCUUUGGGGGAUAAUUAUCUGCAAAAAAACAUUAGUUCAUCAUCUAGCCCAAAGGGCAAGUAAAAUCUCUAGUGUGUUGUCCAGUCCUCUUUUGGUUGUCCAGAAACCUAAUUCACAAAGCUAAAUAAGAUAAUAUAAUAACAUACGAGUUAGUUACAGCAUCAAGGUAUGACUCAUCAACGUGAAGUGUAUUAAGUUUAAAGUCAAUACAAAAGCCUGGUUUAUUUUCUCCAAAACCCAGGCUACUUCCCAGGAUACUGAUUUCUCUCCCCCUGAUUUUGGAUGAAUUUUCAGUAACAUUUGCAUGUGUCCCUCUCAGAAAGGUUUUAUAUCUGUCCAUCAGAUAACAGUGAAGUGAGACAUAAUUAUAUUGGAAAUGUAGUAAAAUACAUCUUCAGCUUCAGAGCUCAAGAUCCCUGGUAAAAUACAAUAUAUUGAUACUAAUGUAAAACAUGAUAUAACAUUAUAAAAUUAAUAUUUAAUGUUGAAAUCCCAUCUGAUAUAGCUGCAACUCUUCUCCUUUUACUGUACAUUUUGCAAAAUAUGAGUUAUUUUUUCCCCCAUACAUAUACUGUAUCUGUGCUGUAACAGGGAGGGUGUAAAUAGCACAAAUCUGUCCAGGUCUUGGUUUAUUCUGUCUGUAUCUAAUUUUUAAACAUCAUGAGCAGGGGCUAUGGUCUCAGUAAUGCCACUUUAUACUCUUUUUAAAGGCAAUAAAAACAACACCAUUGUGGAUUUCAGUGUUGCUCUUAUAUAUUAUACAGGUGUAAAUAUAUAAUGCCCCCCCCCCCCCCCCCCCCCAUUCUUGUGUGCUUAUUACUUUAUACAGUUUUAAUUCGAAGGUUUCAGGAAGGUUCCGUUCACAGCACUGUGAUCAAUAAUAUCGGCUAAACCUACAUUAAUGUCUACAUGUACAGCUGCAUCGCAAAAAAUUAGAACAUUGUGGAAAAGUUCUUUUUUUUUUUCCAUAAUUUAAUUCAAAAAGUGGAUGUUUCAUAUAUUCUAGAUUCAUUACAUAUAAAGUGAAAUAUUUCAAGCAUUUUUGUUUUUGAUUUUGUUUUAAUCUUGAUUACACUUACAGUUCAUGGAAAUCAAAAACCCAGUAUCUCAAAAUAUUAGAAUAAAGAAUAAUAGAGAAAUGUCGACCUUCUGAAAAAUAUGUUAAAAGUAAGUUCCACUUUUUAAAUUAAAUUACGGGGAAAAAAUGAACUUUUCCACGUGUUUUUUUGGGGGGGUUUUUUGGAGUUUUUUUUUUUUUAAAUAUAGAUGCACCUGUAUUUAUAUUGCAAAUCUCAUCAAGUGCCACAGGAAUUUUUCUGUAUGUUUUUCAUCAGGCGUGUUUAGCCAUGUUUAGCUGCUGGGUGGCAGCAACGCUUUCAUAUUGGAUGUCCCUGAGUACUGAGGAUGUGUAUCAUUUGUGAUUUGUAGGCUCGUAUCCUGUAUGACUAACACUGUCCACAGAUGUACUCUGUUGUACUUCAGAUGUACCAUCUGAUUGUGAAUCUGGUUACAUACGCUGAGAAAUCUGUGUGUAUAUAUUUUAAGGAAUAUAUUUUCUUGGGUGUUACUUUUCCAGACCUCUGACCGCAUGUUAAUAAUGUACUAGUGAUGUGUGCAGUCUGAAGAAAUGCUGUAUGAAUCUGUUUAUACUAAAGUCUACAUACUAAAAAAUAGAAAUGCAUGUCUGGUUAAUAUUAAUGUGUCAUCUCUAAAACUGAUCUCAUCCUUUAUGGAGGAAAUGGUUCCAGAUUACAUCUUAGGCAGAAAAAAAACCUGUCUACUAAACUAGAUAGCUAACUUGGAUAAUGUCAGUAGUGACUGCAGUAGUCGUUAGUGUAACAGUAAAGUAAUGAGGGUAAAGUCAGAAGGUGUUGAUUCAUUUUCUAUAAUUGCAGCUCUUACAAUGGUGCAGAUACAAAUUAGGUUACAUCACUGGAUUCGUUCUAAUGUUUUAGCAUUUAACUCAUUCAUAUUUUUGUUUUGUUAACUUUUGUUUUGUUUGAGGAAAAAAAAAAAAAGACUGGUCAGGGAACAAUUGUUUAUUGACACUAUAUCAUAAGUGAUCAGAUGUUCCACAAUGUUAAAUGUAACUAAAUAUUUUUAGGAACUUUUUGUGGUUUCACAUGCUUUUUCCUCAGUUUUCAUGUUUCUGUUACUUAUUUUCUAUGUACUUACGUACCUUGCUCUGGGUGACUGGCAAGAAGAGGAGAGCAGAAGCAAAUGGUGAAGUGCAAAUUGAAUGAAAAAAAUGGUAAGAGAAUGAAAAACAGGACUGGCUGGCACCAACAAGCAAUUGGUUUGAAAUGUGUUGACAAAUUUAUGAUAGGGACACCAUAUUAACCAAAACAACCAAUUAAAAUAAAUUACACAAAAUAAGUACACCCCAUGGAAAUUGUUGGCUUGUUUGACAUAUUUGGACAAGCAAACAUUUGAUUGAUUGAUUUAUUUAUUUAGUCUGCGGUCUUGAUAAAAAAAAAAAAAAAUGUAGUUUGUAAAUGUAAUAAAAGUUUAGUUUGUGGUGCUACGACCAA